AUUUCCCUACAGUUGUGUUGUUAUUAUUUUUAUUAUAAACUUGAUCUACACACAUGAACUUUAAUUCAUAUUACUUCACUCUGGUGAAAUUUUUUCCAUCACUCUCAUGCUAGUUUGUAUGUAGUAGCAAUACAUAGGCCUAUUUAUUUUUUCACCUGAUAAGAUUAUCAUUUUAAAUGCGUAUAAUCAGUGACCUCAGCAUUUUGAUACUGGGUAUAGGAGUUCAAUGCUUUAACAUUGCUGGUUAACAUAUAUUGGGUAAAAUAUUUUUAGUUAAAUGAAAGUCUUAAAUUGCAACUUUGUUUUUAAACCUUGUAUAAUGUAUUCGUGCUGGCUGUAUAAUAAAGUAAUAUAUGCAUUCUAAAAAUAAAUUAUUACAGAAAAUGAAUGAAGCUGGUUGUAAUGAAUCAACACCUUUGUUGUCAGGUUCUCAAGCAUCAGGUUCUAAAUGUCCCUCAACAACAGAAGAUGAAGUUGAUGGUGGUAUAAUAUUCAAGAGUCCUCCAAUCAUAAAAAGUGAUGAUGACAGUGGGAGCCACAGCAAUGUUGAGACUGAGGCCAAGUUAAAAUUUAAACAGUUAUCCCACAGGAACAAAAUUGUUUUGGCACUACUUAGUUUGGCCAAUUUUUUUGUUGGAUGUGGUUUUUCUUUGCUAGCUCCAUUUUUUCCACAAGAAGCAGAGAAGAAAGGAGUGUCUACAACAGUCAUUGGGCUCAUAUUCAGCAUGUUUCAGCUAGUCAUCUUUGUCUCUUCACCUGUAUAUGGAAACUUUCUAACAAGGUUAGGACCAAAGUUUUUAUUUGUUUCUGGAAUCUUAGUAGGAGGAACAUGUGCCAUUUUAUUUGGCACACUCCACUGGUGCCCCUCAGGUUUACCUUUCAUCAUCAUUUGCUUUGCCUGCCGAAGUGUUGAAGCCUUGGGGCUGUCUGCCUUCAUCACUUCCUCAUUUGCAAUAAUCUCAAACGAAUUCCCCAAUCACGUGGCCACAGUUUUUGGCCUGCUAGAGACUGCAAGUGGUAUUGGCCUGAUGGCUGGGCCAGCUUUAGGAGGUGUUCUAUAUGAGGCUGGAGGAUUUGGGUUACCAUUUUAUGUGAUAGGAUCAUUAAUCUUAAUUACUGGAGCUGUGAUAUAUUUCUUCUUGCCAGAGUAUACAGAAAUAAAGCAUCAGAGACAGUCAAAAGUGAUCUACUUAUUGAAAAGCCCUAUGAUAUGGUUUGCCUCCAUGAGCAUGAUAGCUGGUGGUAUUGGCAUUGUGUUUCUAGAUCCAACUUUUGCUGACCAUUUGCAACAGUUUGAUUUAUCAACAGUUCUAAUUGGGCUGAUUUUUGUCAUAGCUCCUGGCUUGUAUGGAAUCCUGUCUCCACUUUGGGGAUACAUCAGUGAUACAACAAAAUUAGAUGGCCCUCUGAUAAUUCUGGGGAACUUCAUGUGUGGAGUUGGGUUUUUAUUUAUAGGACCCAGCCCUUUUAUUACAUUUUUGCCAUCCAAACUGUGGAUAAUUAUUAUAGGCCUCAUCCUGGUGGGAUCUUUUUUUGGCACUAUAGUUGUACCUGCCAUGAAGUGUUUGCUUACAGGAGCCAUUGAAAUUGGAUUUGAAAAUAAUUUAGAUACUUACGGCAUCGUUGCUGGACUGUUUAAUGCUGUUUUCUCUAUAGGAGCUUUUACUGGACCAAUGAUGGCUGGAGCCUUAGUUGAUAAAAUUGGGUUUAAUUACGGCACAACUGUUGUCAGUGGGAUCAACUUUUUUGUGAUGCUAAGCUGUAGUGCAUAUUUUUUGAUACGCCGACUAACAAGGAAAGCAUAUAAAAAAGACUUGUGUGUUCGCUACAACAGCACUGUUUCUGAAAAUCAACUGAACAGAGAAAGUUUACUGGAGUCCAGGGAGCUGGACUUGAAUAAGGAAACAAAUCAGCAGACAAAAGCUCAUAGUCAACAUGCAAAUGGACAGGUGUUUGAAAGACAGACCUCUGCCCAUGUAUGAUGACUGUUUAGAACCUUCUGCCCAUAGUACAAUUUUUUGUAUAUAAGGAUGUAUGUCUAGGAGAUUCAAGGUUAGUCAGUGAGGGAGUACAUAAUUGACCAGUUCUAGAGCACAAACAUGUCAUAGAAUCAGCACAAUCUGUUUUAACUUUAGUGUAGUUUUAUAUCGAGUAAAUUAGGCACAAUCAGUAAUAACAUUAAUGUUGUGGUAAUACAUGGUUUAAAAUUCAGGCACAAUUUGUGAUAAGAUUAUGUUGUGGCAUUAUAAGGGUUAAAAAUCUGGCACAAUUUUUUAUAACAUUAAUGUUGUGGCAAUAUGAGGGUUAAAUUAUGCACAAUCAGUGUUAACUAUUGUUGUAGUGUUACUAGGGUUAAUGAAAUAUGAUAUUAACAUUUAUAAUCAUGAAAAUCAUGUUUUCAAACACUUUGAUUGCUCAAAUAUUUCAAGUAAACUAUCUUUGUACAUGCCAAUGCUUUAAAGAUUUUUUCUACAUAAUUAAUGGCUAAAAUUAUUUUUGUUAACUUACAUGUCAUAUACUUGCUUAUAUUGUUUUCUACUCAAAAUUGUUUUAUAUAUAAAAAUGUGAUGAGAUUUGUAUACUGAUAAUUUAUUUAUACAUUAUAUGUUAAAUUUUAGAAAAAUUUAUCUUCUAAUUAAAAAAACCAACCAAUAUUAACAACUCUGUUAUUUGAUUAACAUUGUUUUGUUUUAAUUAUGUUGACUGUA